CACCUCGUGUGGUUGAAAAAAAAUCGCGAGGUUAAAAUAGUUUCAAAUAAUUUCGGGCACAUAAAACAAGCAGUACGAAAUUGUAUUCUCGUUCGUUUUCGAUACUAGUUGGCAACUGUUGCAAUCUUAGCACGUUUAGUUUGUCGGGGUGUGUGUGAGCGCAGAUUGCUUCAAUUUCCUUUAAAAUAUUGCCCCAGGUAUUUCAUCAUUUCUUCCACUGGGGAACAAUUGUACCACAAAGCUUAUUUGUGUGAACAGCUUAUAAAAGUGUCUAAGAUACCAGAAGAGUUGUGGAUCAAAGAAGAAAAUACGUUGUGGCUAUGACUGUCGGAGAAGCAAUGGAAUGAGGAGAGUGUGGUCCUACCAAAGUGGACAACAGAUCUGUGGCGAUGUAUGGGGAACAGGUGGUUGAAUUGACCACUAGUAACCACGGCAGGAUGAUAAAUGAUCAAAAUAUCUCCCUCAACACCCAAAGGAAAACAUUGCAAGAGAAAAAUGUAUUUGAUACAGAUACUCAGAAGAAACUGAAGCAAACGGAACGGCAACUAAAAUGUUUAGCAUUUCGGAAUCCUGGUCCUUUGCUAGCGGAGUUCAACCCGGAGACCAGAUUACAGACAAAGGAGAUUCGCAGGACAAAGCUGAGGCAGCUUGUCUUUGAAAACAAUGGUGUCAGGCAGAGGAAGUAUGACAACACUGGAAAACUGCUGCAUAAUGGCAUAGACCUAUGCGACUGUCUGGUUGUAAACUGCCCUGGCUGUUUCUACCCUUGCUCCAAAUGCAGUUCUUGGAAAUGCGGUUGUAAAUGUCGCUGCAACCGGAAGUGGAUAUAUGAUGGAAUUGAAACUGAAGGAACCGAUAUAGUGCAAAAGUUCCCUAAUUUGGACCUUUAUUAAUGUGCAUAUGAUUUUCAAUUAUCUUUAUCAAAUAAGGAAACAUUGUGAUUUUUGCACCUCAACAAACAUGGACAAUUGGCAAUUUUUUUGCCUUGCUUAGAAAUAAUAAUUGGUGGAUAUAGUAUUUACUUUUACUUGUGUUUGAAUAAAGAAUAGUUUACAAACAAUUGCUACUUGUAUC